CUCGCGUAAGGGGAAUCAUUUCUUCGCGCAAAACAUACCACCCGAACCCGUACGUGGCAGCCGACCUCCUCCUCCUCGACGUCGUCAUCAACAUGCGAGCCAACACACACAGAAGAAAGUGAGGUGCGUCUCCAUGCGCCCUUGUUUUUAUUCUGAGCCGUCUCCCACAGCACAAGCCCCGCUCCAAAUCCUCUCACCCCCCUUCUCUCUCUUCGAGCUGGGAGACGAGGGCGGGGGAAGCCUCUCCUCCUCCCUCCCCUCGAUCUCUCUCGGAAGCCUUGUGAUGGAGGAGGACAAUGAUAAUGCUUUUGGAAAGCUUCCUGAUCAUCUCCUUGUAGAAAUUUUUGUUCGGUUACCUAUCUAUGAGUGGGGUCAACUAUCAUCCGUCAGUAAGCACUGGGCUGCAAUAUUUCGAGGGGAAUCUUUGUGGCAAACUGCGAUUGCCAGGAGGUGGCCUUUUGUGGGUCAGAGGAAACGGUGGCCUGGACCAAUUCCUCGAGGUUUGGGGAGGAGGAGAUACACAGCCUUAUAUGUUAGUGAACACGUUAUUGCAUUGGAUGGCGAAAUUGACGAACUUGUUGGCCACAUUUACCUGUAUCUGAAAGAGCAGCUUGAGCUUUUGAUAAUGCCACCUCCAUCUAAUAUACUCCAUGGAACCAUAAUUGAUCAAUUCAUCUCUUGUGGUCGGUCACAAGACAAGGCUCAUGAACUUGCUUCACAAAUCUGGUUAGCUGUUAUCAACAAUUUGGAAGAAAAUGAACACACGUUUUUGCUGCUAAAGCGUAUUGCACAAGAAGGAGAUUCUUUUCUUCCAUUUCCAUACUCACGGCCAUACAAAGUAUUGUGGAGGGUAUUUGAGAAGCUAUUCACUGACUUCCGUGACUGCUUCAACCACUCAGACUACUGUGAUAUAAUGGCAUGUGCAAAAUCCAGGUUCCAACCAAUACCAUCUUCUUGGUUGGGCUAUUAGCUUCUUAAAAUUGUCGUUGCUGCAACCUUGUAAUUUUACCUGUAACUAUCUUACACUUACAGACCAUGCAAGUGCCAACCAGCUGCUGUCCAAACUUCUAAAUUUUUAUGUACAGCAGAUAUCUUGAAUGAAAGUAUAAUGUGGUUGGAGUGCCUAUAGAUGCAAUUAUGUUAUGUCGCACUUCUUUUAAAUUGAGCUGUUCAUCUAAAGCUAAAUAUGCGGUGCAUUUCAGUGCUACCUGCAGAAAUCAUUUGAUUAUUAUUA